CAGAGAGAGAUUUUUAUUGGAAGCUGUUAAAGUGGUUGCUAUGAGACCUUCUCCAGCUAACACAGACACAGCAGCGAGUGUGAGGCUGACAAAUCGUACCUCUUGUAUUAUACCUUUCAUUUCUGCUUUUUUUUUUUCCUAACACAGCUUUUAUAGUUGUUUAAGAUCAGAGAAAGCACCUGCCAAUUGCUUCUCCUUCCCUUUUGCUCCCCUCUUCUGCCUCGUGCAAGAUGGAGCUAGAAAAUGAAAUGAUCAGCUCCUCCAGCAAUUCUUCAGCAGGCUCCAGAGAGUACAAGGUGGUGAUGCUAGGAGCAGGGGGAGUUGGCAAAAGCGCAAUGACAAUGCAGUUCAUAAGCCAUCAGUUCCCUGACUAUCAUGAUCCAACUAUAGAGGAUGCCUAUAAAACUCAAGUCCGAAUUGAUGACGAACCAGCCUAUUUGGACAUUCUAGACACUGCUGGACAGGCAGAAUUCACAGCCAUGCGGGACCAAUACAUGCGAGGCGGAGAAGGCUUCAUUAUCUGCUAUUCCAUCACAGACCGCCAAUCCUUUCAAGAAGCUGCUGAGUUUAAGGAGCUCAUUUAUCGUGUCCGGCACACCUAUGACAUCCCCUUAGUGCUGGUGGGAAACAAAAUAGAUCUUGAAGAAUUCAGACAGGUCUCAACUGAAGAAGGGAUGAGCUUAGCCAGGGAAUACUCCUGUGCUUUUUUUGAGACUUCAGCUGCUCUCCGCUUCUACAUUGAUGAUGUCUUUCAUGGACUAGUGAGGGAAAUCCGAAGGAAAGAGUCCUCACUGCCCAUGGUAGAGAAGAAGAUGAAGAGGAAGGAUAGUCUGUGGCGAAAGCUGAAAGGAUCGCUGAAGAAGAAAAAGGAAAGUACAACCUGAUGGUAAUUCCCCGUGAGCCACCCAUCAGGAGCUGACCACAGUAACCUGUAACAAUUCAGAAAAGCAGCAUUGACACAGCAUCUUCCAGACCAGGUCCUGGAGUUCCUUCCCUUCAGUCCUCAUGCAGAAGUAGCUCCUUGAAGGUCCAAUUCAUGGUUGCCCUGUGGCUCCUCUGUAUUAUAGAUAAAGUCACUUAGCAUACCCUCUCAUCCCUUCUCUGCAAAUCUGAGUAGAGAAAAUACUGUGGUUUUUUCCCUAUGGUCCCUGCUGGUCUUCAGACACUAAGACUUAAGCCAGCAUCCAAGGCAGAAGCAUUUUCCACCAUGUCUGGGACAAGGGAUGCACUUACUGCCUCCUCUCUACAUGCAUGGAUCAUUUCACCAUCCUAGGAAUGAAUAACAUUGAUUUCAGUUGAUAUUUUGACUGUAUAAGGAUGUUAGGAUUUGACCAUCAGCUUUGCAGUCACAUGUAGUUUAGGGUUAGACUGUGCUCAGCCUGUGCACGCUUGUCUGUAUGCGAAUGUGUGUGUGUGAACCAGGCCCAAAGGGAAGGCUUGGAGGCUCCCGAUUUUGACCCUGCGGAGCCCCAUCCUCAUGGUGUCCUUUCCAUUUAGCAGGAAGAGUUGGCAAGCAUAGCACGAGUCACGCACCUGCCAUCCAGAGGCUCAAGGCUUCUGCUCUGUGUCCUCUGCUCAUUACUCACCAGGACUGGCUCGCAGAGGUGCAGUGUCCUACAAACAUGCAAUGCAUUGGCCACGCUCCUGCACCCCACUAAGGAGCCCACAAAGGCACUGUCUGUCUGAUGCUUCCCAGAGCCCUCCCCAGGGUGGUGCAGCUCUGUCCCACUCUGUAAUAACAUCUGUGAUGUAGCAUUCAGUCCUCGACUUACUAGAGAAUUGCAUCAGGUCGGUCACCACUUUUCACAGUCCUUGAACAUCCAAGUGAAUCAUUUGACCGAUCAGUUGGACAGGUCUUUUAAAUAUACCUUUUUAAAGCUCGCAUGGUAGCGUAUAGUCUCAUUGACUCUUUUCCCCCAGACUUCUUUUAUUAAUGCCUUUAUUUAUAAAAUUUACAAUUAAA